AUGACCGACACCAUCAACUUUGACAUUCGCCGAGGACACCUCGUCGGAGUCUCCGGUACCACCAAGAGCGGCAAGUCGAGUGUGCUCAGUGCCAUGGUCGGGUGGAUGCCGCGGCACGGGCAGACCGGAUACAUGCACGUGUAUGGGGAAGUGAUCUUCUGCGGCAGACAGCCGCAGCUGCUGGCCGGCUCGAUCAAGCAGAAUGUUCUCUUCGGGCUCCCGUUGGACCACAACAUGUACACCAAGGCCGUGACCUGCUCGGGUCUCGUUCGCUUCCUGCAGAUGCUGCCGAUGGGGGAUGAGACGGUGAUAGGCAAGAGCACGUCGGUCGCUCUCGACGAGACGUUUGCGAGCUGCAUCGCGCUGGCGCGUGCCGUGUACAAGGAUGCUGACGUGUACAUCUUCGACGAGAUCCUGGAGAGGCUCGACGAUCAGACUCGCGACCUUGUGUGGCACAGCUGCAUUCUCGGG